AUGGUAAUGACGGUGAAAGAGCCUGUCGGUGUCUGCGGUAUCAUUACUCCAUGGAACUUCCCAGCAGCUAUGAUCAGUCGCAAGGUCGCCCCAGCUCUGGUCGCUGGGUGUGCCGUAGUUAUCAAGCCACCAAGUGACACAACAUUUACUUAUUUCGCUUUCACAAAGCUGGCUUUGAAGGUGGGAUUUCCUGGUAAGGCCACUCAGGUCUGCCCUACGAAUAGGCAAGUUGCCUCAGAUGCCAACAGCCUCUUUGUUCAAAAGGGCAUUUUGGACGAGUUCAUUCGGAGACAGGUGCAGAAGGUCUUUGAACUCCACCUGGGACUCGGGAUCGAAGACUCAUGCAUGCAAGGCCCGCUGAUCAACGUGCCCCCGUCGACAAGGUCAAGAGUCAUCUACUCUUCUUACGGACAUACACUGACCAUCGGCAUCAAUAGUGGAAUAAAAUGGCGAUCCUGA